UCUAAUAAUCAUGAUAAAAACAUACAUGAAAAUGAGGAAAUUAAACCACUAUGUUCCAGGGAUCAAAUAAUAAAAUCACACAAAUUGUCAUAGCUAGGUUGCAUGCAUAUAGUAGUAUAUUGGUGUUGGAAAAAAGAAGAGAAUAAUAAUGAGUAUUAGAGGUGUUGAUGAGGAACAAGACAUAGAAUUAGAGUUCACUCCGACGUGGGUGGUUGCCGUUGUCUGCUCCGUCAUCGUUGGCGUCUCCUUCGCUGUCGAGCGCUUCCUUCAUUAUGCCGGAAAGCGUCUUAAGAAGAAGAAUCAGACCACACUCUAUGAAGCUCUGCUCAAGAUCAAAGAAGAGUUGAUGGUGUUGGGGUUUAUUUCUCUGUUUCUAUCGGUAUCACAACGUGGGAUAACAAAAAUAUGUGUCCCAAAAAGUUGGAGUCACCACAUGCUUCCAUGUAGUCUUAAAGAAAAAGAAGAGUUAGAAGCUGAAACAAAUAUUACUUCAUCACAUUUUCAGAAUUCUCUUACUUUCUCUUCCAAUCUUAGACACCUUCUUGCUCUUCCUCAUGCCCAAGUAGCCGCAGAGGCUCAGCUUCAAUACUGUGCUCGCAAGAACAAGGUACCUUUAUUAUCCAACCAAGCAGUGCAUCAUCUUCAUAUCUUCAUAUUUGUCCUAGCUAUCGCUCAUGUAACGUUUUGUGUUCUCACAGUUGCCAUUGGAUUAUUAAGGAUACGUCAAUGGAAGCAAUGGGAAGACUCUGUUGCAACUCAAAACAAUGAGACACACCGAGAUUUGGAGUCAACAGUUACUCUUGUUCACCAACAUGCGUUUAUCAGAGAUCAUUUUAUAGGAAUAGGCAAAAAUUCGACCCUACUGGGUUGGGUGAAAUCUUUCUUCAAGCAAUUUUAUGGAUCUGUGACAAAAUUAGAUUAUGUGACAUUAAGGCUCGGUUUUAUUAUGACCCACUGCAGGGGAAAUCCAAAGUUUAAUUUUCACAAGUACAUGAUUCGUGCCGUUGAAGAUGAUUUCAAGAAAGUUGUUGGUAUAAGUUGGUAUCUUUGGAUCUUUGUGGUCAUCUUCUUGUUGAUUAAUAUUAACGGUUGGCAUACAUAUUUCUGGAUUGCUUUCAUUCCCGUCAUACUUCUACUUGCUGUUGGGACAAAGCUAGAGCAUGUGAUAAUGGAAUUAGCAAAUGAAGUAGCUGAGAGGCAUGUAGCCAUUGAAGGCGAAUUAGUUGUUCAACCAUCAGAUCAUCAUUUCUGGUUCAACCGUCCUCGCAUUGUUCUCUUCUUGAUCCACUUUACCCUUUUCCAAAAUGCUUUUGAGAUUUCUUAUUUCUUCUGGAUCUUGGUAACUUAUGGCAUCCAUUCCUGUAUAAUGGGACCAAUUGGUUACAUUAUCCCAAGGCUCAUUAUUGGGUUAUUUAUUCAGUUACUUUGUACUUACAGCUCACUACCACUCUAUGCAAUCGUUACACAGAUGGGAACUCAUUUUAAGAAGAACAUAUUUGAGGAACAAUUGGAAAGACCUAUUGUUUAUUAUGGGGGAGAAAAGGCAAAGAACAAUGGAGCAAAAGCUGAUGAAAGCCAUGGUGAGCAUGAAAGAAGGGCAUCUUCACCUGAGGCCAAUACCAAUGUCCCCAAAGAACACAAGUCUAAUUGAGUUUCCAGUUGCUUUGUUAAGAUCAACACAAAUGCAGUGUUUGAAAUGGAUUAAAAAGUGAAGACCCAAAAAAAAUUAAAGGGAUUAAAAAAAUUACUAAUCUUCAAAUUACUAUUCAUUUCUAGUA